UAUCAGGUGUAUGUUCAAAUUGUUUGCAACUGAUGGGUUUGUGUUAGGUUUGACUUAGUUUGCUUUUUUUAGAGAAUGGUUGAGGUUUGUGUUAGGUUUGACUUAGAAUUUGUGAUCAAUGCUUGGUAGUGAUCAAUGUAGAGGUUAGGUGAAAGCAUUAGUAUGACACUGACUGCUAACCUUCUUCUCUUCUAUCUUCUCCUUUGUUUUAAAGCCUCCAUUAAAAGAGAGAAGUGCAUUAACUCUUAUUUCACAAUCGGUGCUUUAAUUAACUCAACCUUCUUCUCUUCUAUCUUCUCCUUUACUUCUCCAUUGUCUUCAUUAACUCAACCUAACCUCUUCCUUCUUAUCUUCUCUUUUACUUCUCCAUUCUCUUACAUUCUCUCUUAUUCUCUACCUUUAAUCCUUCUCUUUAUCUUUAUCUUUAUUCUCUUUAACCGUUUUUCCAUUCUCUUUAUCAUUAUUCUUUUCAUUCCUUAUCAUUUUAAAUGCCCUAUAUGAAUCCAUAUAGUGAGUCUGGCUUCCUUGAUCUCUUAAAUAGUCAACAAAAUCCACAAAUGCAACCUGUAACACCAGCGAAUGUUGAACCAACCAUUCAACUCGGUGAGACAGAAGCUUUUCUGUUUGAGAGUCAAUGGACCGAAGCUCCAAGUGAAGAUGAAAGCACAGCCAAAGAACCUAGAAAGUCAAGGAGAAAAUGGAGUCCUUUAGAAGAUCUUGUCCUUAUAAGUUCUUGGCUUAACACAUCUAAAGAUCCCAUAGUGGGGAAUGAGCAAAAAGCAGAAGCUUUUUGGAGUAUGAUUGCAACUUACUAUGCAUCAAGUCGCAAACUUGCUGGAAUGGAGAAGAGGGUGCCGCAGCAUUGCAAGAACAGGUGGGCCAAGAUAAAUGAGCAAGUCUGCAAAUUUGUAGGUUGCUAUGCUUCUGCAACCUCUCAGAAAACAAGUGGACAAAAUGAAGAUGAUGUGUUAAAGCUUGCAAAUCAGCUGUAUUUGAAUGAUCACAAAGCCAAGUUCACCUUGGAACAUUGUUGGAGAGAGCUUAGAAAUGAUCCAAAAUGGUGCCUUUCUAAUGGUAGUGGACAGCUUAAAAAAAGAAGGACAGAUGAAGGUUCUCCAAGCUCACAUGUUCAUGUUGGAUGUGAAGGGGUGCGGCGGCCAGAAGGUGUGAAGGCAGCAAAGGCAAAAGCCAAGAAAAAUGCAUCAGAGGCUUCCAAUAAGAAAGGGCAAAACGAAGUUGAUGUCUUGGAGUGUCAGAACUUGUUGGUGCUUAGGAAACAAGAUGAAGAACUGAAACAGAAAACAAGCAAAUAUAAGAUGUUGGAGAAUCUGAUUGGAAAACAAGAACCACUUAGCGAGGGCAUAAAGAUCAAAUAUGACUCAGACAAGUUAUGAGAUUUGAGAAGACCGAUAUUUUGGCUGAUAGCCAUUAUUGAUCAAUGGUGGAGAUUGUUGGGCCACAUAUUUAUAUGGGAGCCACAUAGUUUGUUGUUUAGUCGGUUAUGUCUUGUUUUUUUUUUAAAGAUUUUGUAUUCUAGUAGUGCCGACAUGAAUUUUGUAAUUUAUGUCUUCUAUUGUAAACCACAUAAUUUGCAAGGCAGAAACUCAUUCAUUUUU